UGCGCUCCGCAGCGGCGCGCCUCGGCCGGCGCCCCCGCCAGUCCUGCCGGAAGAUGGUCAACGACCGGUGGAAGACCAUGGGCGGCGCUUCCCAACUUGAGGAACGGCCGCGCGACAAGCCGCAGCGGCCCAGCUGUGGCUAUGUGCUCUGCACCGUGCUGCUGUCCCUGGCGGUGCUGCUGGCUGUGGCUGUCACCAGCGUGGUGCUGUUCCUGAACCACGUGCACGCGCCCGGCACGGCACCCCCGCCCAUCGUCAGCACGGGGCCGGCAGGGGCCAACAGCGCCCUGGUCACCGUGGAGAGGGCCGACAGCUCCCGCCUCAGCAUCCUCAUCGACCCGCGUUGCCCCGACCUCGCCGAUGGCUUCGCCCGCCUGGAGGGGGCCCAGGCCUCCGUGCUGCGGGUGCUGACUGAGCACCAGGCCCAGCCACAGCUGGCAGACACCCAGGAGCAGGAGCUGCUGGACACGCUGGCCGACCAGCUGCCCCGGCUGCUGGCCAGGGCCUCGGAGCUGCAGGCCGAGUGUGUGGGGCUGCGUAAGGGCCACAGCACGCUGGGCCAGGGGCUCAGCGCCCUGCAGAGCGAGCAGGGCCGCCUCAUCCAGCUUCUCUCCGAGAGCCAAGGCCACCUGGCUCACCUGGUGAGCUCCGUCAGCGACGUCCUGGACGCCCUGCAGAGGGACCGGGGGCUGAGCCGGCCCCGAGUCAAGGCUGACCUUCAGAGGGCGCCUUCCAGGGGAGCCCGGCCCCGGGGCUGUGCCAACGGCUCCCGGCCCCGAGACUGCCUGGACGUCCUCCUGAGUGGACAGCAGGAUGACGGCGUUUACUCCGUCUUCCCCACGCACUACCCUGCUGGCUUCCAGGUCUACUGCGACAUGCGCACGGAUGGCGGCGGCUGGACGGUGUUCCAGCGCCGGGAAGACGGCUCCGUGAACUUCUUCCGGGGCUGGGAGGCGUACCGGGAGGGCUUCGGCAAGCUCACAGGGGAGCACUGGUUAGGGCUCAGGAGGCUGCACGCCCUGACCACGCAGGCGGCCUACGAGCUGCACGUGGACCUGGAGGACUUCGACAACGGCACGGCCUACGCCCGCUACGGGAGCUUCGGGGUGGGCUUGUUCUCGGUGGACCCCGAGGAGGACGGGUACCCGCUCACUGUGGCCGACUACUCGGGCACCGCAGGUGACUCCCUCCUGAAGCACAGCGGCAUGAGGUUCACCACUAAGGACCGUGACAGUGACCAUUCAGAGAACAACUGUGCUGCCUUCUACCGAGGUGCCUGGUGGUACCGCAACUGCCACACAUCCAACCUCAACGGGCAGUACCUGCGUGGUGCCCAUGCCUCCUAUGCCGAUGGCGUCGAGUGGUCGUCCUGGACCGGCUGGCAGUAUUCACUCAAGUUCUCUGAGAUGAAGAUCCGGCCGGUCAGGGAGGACCACUAGACAGGCAUAGAGUUCAAUCUGAGCGUCCUCCAGCCACACCCCAUCACUACCCCUACCCACACCUGCGUCCAUCCCUGCCUGUUGCUGAGAACCUUCUCUGUCCCGCUGUGCAUGACUGACCUGCUUUCCAGGAGGCGUGGGCCAUACCAGCCUCGAUGCUCAGCCCCCGGAAGUGGGGUCACACAUCACCCUGCGCCCUUCCCACCUCCCCGACUGGCAGCUAACAUUACAUCUCUUGCCUCUGCUAAUGGGCCUGGUGAGCUCCUCGACCCCGAGUCCUACUGCCCAGACUGUGGCCCCGUGUUGUGGCCCUAGUAGGGUCAGUGGAGCCUGCUACACGCCCUGGUUCUGGGCCGUGCCGCCGGGCAGCUCCCUCUCUGCCUGCCCAAACACCUGGCAGUGAGGCCACCGGAGUGUGAGGGCCCCAGCACCCCUGGGGCCUUUCCAGCGACCAGUGGGGAACGUCCUCCAGAGUCAGGCCUGAGGCCCUCCUCUGCCCACCGGCACCAGCUGCAUCUCCUGGCCAGCAGAUCCCACUUCUUCCCAGAGGCUGAGUGAGAACUGCCCGGGGCUGUGCCCCGCCCUGCACCCCGGCCAGGCCGGGCACCGCUGGCUGUGGGGACCCAGGCAGAGGCCAGCUGAGCCCCACCCCUGCACCCCUGGCAGGCCGGGCAGGCCUCCAGGCCCCUGGACUUGCUGUGCCUGUGGGCUCCACCUAGCUCAAAGGAGGCCCAACCCAGCUGCCACCCAGCCUCCUGCCUGGGUGGUGGGCUUGGCCCCAUCCUGCCAGGCCAGCCUGCUCUGUGGGAGGUCGUCCCCUGCUGGCAACUGCCGGUACUGCCCUUUGGGCCCAGCCCUGCUGAGAGUCAGGAGGGCCUGGAGGGUCUCAUGGGCCCUUGGAGGCCGCAAAGCACCCCCUGCAUUUUCCCAUAGGUCCCCCCAGCACUCCAGGAAUGACUUGCAGGCUCCCAGGUCCAGGGCCGGAAUUCCAGCCCCAACCGCCUGCCCAAAGCCCUGGGGCCACACGUUUGCAGCGGGAUCAGGCCCAGGGCUGCUUAUCCGUGUUCCUGCCUAUGGGAACCCAAUGGGGGUGUCCUUUAGAUGAUCAGGGAGCCAGUGACUCCUCGGUCAGGAAGGAGGGACACCUGAGCCUGGGACCUGGGGAGUGUGGGUCGUCCUCUCAGCUCCUGAGGACCCUGCCUGGCCACAUGACCUGGACAGUUCCUCACACUGCCCUAGCCUCGGCCUUCAGCGAAUGUCAGCAGCAGGUCUAUCUGCGUGGCCAAGGCCCUGGGGGCUGGACCAGGUUGCUACCCUGGGCAUCAGCCAGGAAACAGGCCCAGUGUGACCCGGUGGUGGCCGGGUGGUGGCCAGGAGCAGCCCAGGUACAGGUGGGCACCAGGGAGCGGAGGCGUAAGACCUGCCCAGGCGUGAAGGGAAGCCCCCGAGGAGCCUUCCGGAGCCACCCUGCCCUAGAGCACCAGCCCUCUCGAGGCCAGGGCAUGUGACCUUCCUGGCACUGAAGGGCAGUGGCAGCCCUGCCAAGUCCCCAGGGGGCAUCCUUCAUGGGCCACAGCCCUGGCCUCAAGAGCCCACAGUCUUAUGUCAGUGCAAAUGGCCAUCACCUGAGACGGCAGUGACCACAGGAAGCAGGGGUGCUGGGAGACCAUAGGGCCCUGCAGAUCCACCAAGACCUGAGGGGUGAGUGACCAGGCCACAUGACUGGUGUGGGCAAGGGUCACCAAGACCCACGGUCAUCACACCCAAACCUUGCCCCACUGGGCCCAAUUUGAUGAUUUGGCGGGGGAAUGCCCAUGUCCCAGGAUGUCACCUGGCCAAACCCCCCCCUUUCUUCCCCCCUUGGCGAAGAGAGUGAGCCAAGCUGUGCCCCCACGGGGACCUGGGGCCACAUGGCUUGGCCGACCCCACCCCAAGCUCUGGAAUGUCCCUUCCUUGAGCCAGCGGCAUGCUAUGUGGGCUCAGCCGGGGCCUCAGGAGUGGCCCCCAGUCCUCUGAUCCAUCUCAGAGAGUCCAGCCAGAGGCCACUCAGCUGGUGGCCUGGGCUCUCCAAGUGCAGAGGAUGGAAGGACCUGGUUUCCAGCCGGUGGCCUUAGCCACUGACCAGGACACAGCCCCCCGCUGCACCAACCUGCAGCUGCGCACAAGCCGGUCAUCUGCCAUCUGUCCUCUGUCCGUCCUCAGGGCAGAUGUGUGCGCAGUGCCCACUUGUUCUGGUGCCCCAGCUUCCUCACCCCCACCCUCACCCACGCAGGCCUCCCCCAGGUGGGAGCCUGGGGGUCCUGUCUCCAGAGCCUGUCACCAAGGACCUGUCUCCAGCAGAGAUUCGGGGGCUGCGCAGCGUCAAGGUGGCCUGCCAGCCCCGCCACACAACCAAGAGGACGCAGGUCCUGGCCGGAGAGGGAGGAGGACGGGCAGGGCCCUGAGCAGGGCCUGCCGCCUGCCCCAGGUCACAUCCCGAGGAGUGAGCUGGAUGGGACUCACGGAGCCCUGUAGGAGACGGACGCUGAACUUGGAGCAAGUGAUGAGGGGGCGCCCCCAGCCCCCAAGGGCCUGUCUCUUCAUCUGCUUGCAAAGAAGUUGCCCCAACGCUCCAGAUGACCCAGCGACUGCAGACUCAGCAAGCCCGGCCCUGGGGUCUGGCCUCCGGAGGGGGCGGUCUGGCCUGCAGCUUGUCAUGUGGCCCCAGUGUGCCGGAGGCUCGCCAGAGAGUAGGGCCCGGGGCAGGCAGGACCCCAGGCCCCGCCAGGCCCCCGUGGGUGAAAUGUGGCACAGGACGUGGCUACCUGGGGCUGUGUGCCCUGUCUUCUGUGUUCCUGUCUCCAAUAAAGCCUGU